GGGAUGGUCGACAUAUCGAAGUCACCCGAAUCUAGAUCUGAGUUCAUGUUAAUCAUUAAUCACUAGCACGUAGUCAGCUUGCACUUUAGUUGCAGUGGAGUCCAUUUCAGCGUAAGCCUCAACUGGAUCGAGAGCUUUGGAUCUUCAGAUGCACAAUCUGUUAACGUAGUAUUUUAAUCUGGAGAUGUUCGGGCUCUCAUUCUCGACGGAAAUAUGUAAAUUGACAAGAAUCGAACUUGCUCAAAUCUCUCUUGUGAUUUGUUCGUGCACAGCGAACAUGAGAUGAUGAUGAUAAUGAGGGUCGACUAAAACAGCAUAGUUGGAAACUCCGUCGAAUCUUUCAUUCGUACAUUGUCAUUGGUCAUGUGUUUCUUGCAGCACUUAAGUGUGCAGCAGUGGAUGAUUCCCACAUUCACAAUGUACUACAGUUCUUCACAAAUCGCAUGUAAAAUCAAUGGCAUCAAUGGCAUCAAACGCUCUGCUGUUAUGAAGUUAUGGCUGCUUCCUUCGAAUCGUAAUUUCUAACUAUACUCGGCUCAAGUUGAUGGAGAUGAGUUGAUGCUUGAAGAAUCAAUCGCGGCUGUCAUUGGUGGAGAAAAGGACGAUCGGGCAUUGAAACCGAAAGUGGUAGUUUGUUCUCCUUGGUCGAGGAAUCGCUUGCAAGGUGCAACUUAUCGAACACGGAGCCCUUAACGGAGCGGAUGAAGAGGAGUUGCCUUCGUUCAUAGACCGGUAUAGAUUUUCAAGACGAUGUCUGAACGAGAGGGAGAGUACCCACACGUUCCAAUUAGACAUGAUUCCUAGGUCAUUUUGGACAAAGUUGUCACACCCAAGAGUUCAUGCUCAUAUUUGACAGUCUCUGAGUCAGAUUCUCUGCAUGUUUGCUCUCAUCGUGAGUUCCAAGGAUAUUGAACUCCAAUGGUGCAGAUCUAUUCGUCUACUUCAAGAGGGUCCCGUUUCUAUUGUUGGUUUUGAGCUCAUGCGAGCUUGUUAAGAAAUCGUGAGUUCCGGAGAUGUCAGUCAAGUUUUGAAACAGAAAGAAAUGGACGCUCAGGACGGGCGAGAUAGGAGAAGAGGUGGGAGCUCCGAGUUCAUCAAGUGCAGAAGAUUUCUGGUCGGAUCGAAAAACUUUGUUCAUGCGAUUAUUUUCUUAUCGGCAUUUCUAUUUUUGUGGAAGGGCUGUUACGCAUGCUCUUCUGUUGAAUCUUCAUCGCUUCUCGAAUUUAAGGCCGGAGUUACUUCAGCUCUUAUCAUUAUCCAAGCCGGACUUCUUUCAGCUUCCGCACCUGCUCUCUCAUCCUGGCAAGACGGAACAGAUUGCUGCCACUGGCAAGGGGUUACUUGUGAUCAUAUCACUGGUGCUGUUACAAAGCUGCAGUUACCAGAAGCUGAGUUGGACGGCAUUUUAAGUCCAGCGUUGGGGAAUUUGCAACAAUUGACUGUCAUCGAUUUGCAGAACAACGAGUUUCAUGGAGAAAUUCCUACUGGAUGGGGCUCGUUAUCGAACUUGCAAUCUCUCAUUCUCUCGAGCAACAGCUUGACUGGCACCAUCCCAGCUACCAUCGGUCGCUUAUCUAACCUGAUAGAGCUCUCGCUCGGCGGGAAUGAGUUAACUGGCCCCUUCCCAGAGGAGCUCUGCAAGCUGAACAAGCUUCGAGUGCUCAACCUCGCUUUGAAUUUUAUGGAGGGAAGUUUCCCUUCAUGUAUCGGGAGCUUGUCCCAGUUGGAAUAUCUUGAUCUUUCGUAUUAUAUGACAACGCCGGGCACUGUGAUUCCUGUGACGCUGAGUGGACUUGCCAAUUUGCAGAUUCUGAACUUUUUCGGCAUGUCCUUCUCUGGUUACAUUCCAGACUGGCUCGGCUCUCUGUCCAAGCUGACAUACCUGGAUCUUCAAUGGAAUUCUCUCACGGGUCAAAUUCCAGCCUCCAUCGCACAACUUGAAGAGUUGACUGUUCUUGAGCUCGGAUCGAACCAGCUCAGUGGAGUGAUACCGCCGUUGAUGGGCACCAUGACGAGCUUGAACCAGCUUGGCCUUGGGUGGAAUGAACUAACCGGGGAGAUACCAGAGUCUUUCGGAAACCUUGUCAAACUUACUGAUCUGAAGCUUCAACUGAAUUCCCUCACUGGCAGCAUCCCAGAGUCUUUAGGGUUCUUGACCCAGUUGACGAAUCUGAACCUCGGUCUCAACAAGCUUGAAGGAGAAAUUCCUGAAUCCAUGUGCUCACUGCGGAAUUUGAUCUCCCUAGAUCUCAAGUCCAAUGCACUCAGUGGGCCAAUUCCAGAAUGUGUGGGCGGUCUGACUGAGUUGAACUCUCUGUAUCUUUCUAGGAACCAAUUCAGUGGCAGAAUUCCCGAGGCGAUUGGCAACUUAUCAAAGCUGACGUAUCUGUACCUGGAUCAGAAUAAUCUAGCAGGAAGCAUACCAGAAUCUUUGGGUGGUGAUCAUGUUGGCGAGCUCAAUUGUGCGGACAAGAGGGAUAAGGGCUGGAGUGGCUUAACAAGCUUGAUGUACCUUGACUUGUCGGCAAAUCUUCUCACUGGAGAGUUACCAGAGAGGCUGGGCAAUCUGUCAAAGUUGGAUACCGUAGCUCUGUCUCACAACAGGCUGGGAGGAAAGGUGCCUGAGUCUAUAGGACGAUUGUCUGACUUGUUUCACCUAGACUUGAGCUUCAACUACUUUAUUUCCCUUCCCCGUAGUCUUGUAAAUCUUUCAUCGAUCAUAUCUCUCAGCUUUCAGUCAAACAGUCUUAGCGGAUCAAUUCCCUCCGGCCUGGGUGGUUUGGUACAAUUGCGUGACGUGGAUUUGAGUUGCAACCUGGUGACCGGUUCUGUUUCAUCUCUUGGCCUUGGCAAGAUGUCUCAGGUGGUCAACCUGAACCUCUCUUCAACUUUGAUAACAGGAGGCCUUCCUUCAGAGCUCAGUGAGUUGCCAAAGUUGGCCACGCUUGAUCUGUCAGCCAACAAGCUCGAAGGAGAAAUUCCCCGUUCUCUUGGGAAUGUAGCGACUUUGAGCUACCUCAGCCUGCGUGCGACGGGUCAAAUGGGAGAGAUUCCAUCAUCUCUUGGCAAUCUUCUUCUUCUGAAACGCUUGGAUCUAUCUGAAAAUCAUCUCUCUGGGCCCAUUCCUGCCGAUCUUUCACGUCUUAUCAAACUUGAGUUCCUUGACUUCUCAGAUAACACGCUCGUUGGCCCAAUUCCAUCCCAGUUGGCGCAAUCACUCAACUCUCUGUCACACUUCAAUGUAUCCUACAACCAUCUAUCCGGGCGAAUCCCUCAAGGGGACAACUUCUCAAAGUUUCCCUCAUCGUCCUUUCAAGGUAACCCGGGGCUUUGUGGAAGUCCUCUUCCGGACUGUCUUGCAUCUUCUUAGUCAAAUCAAGUGUCGAAGUUGUACCAUAAAUGUUGAACCUGCACCAGUAUCCAGUACCCAGUACUUGUCAGCGAAUGCUGUUCUAUCGAGAUUGUUGUUAAAACUUACAGUGUGGUCAGAUGUCGCUGUUUCAAGGGUGCAGCUCCGAGGCAUUAUAAACUUGAACAGAUUAAAGUGGAAACACCUAUAAUUCAAGUGAUGUGUUCCUCAGUUACGGUGCUUAGAGACUGUCGUCACGAGCUUUGUUGUUGCUGAACGAUGGGUGUCAUUGUAGGAGUUUGUACAUGUUACACAUGGUGAAAAUAGACAAAACAAUCAGGAUAACCAAGCGUAAGACUUCAGAUACAUUCGAGCUGGCAUUUUCAUACAUAA